AUGGGUAAUUAUUUCAUGCAUGCUGAUAAUGGUCUAAAGAUGAUUCCUGAGAGUGAAAUUGAUACUUCACUCAAUAAUUUCUUAGUUAAUUGUGAAAGUAGUUGUGAAAGUAGUGUUAUUGAAUCAGAGGGAGCUUCAACUUCACAACAAGAAAUUCUCGAUUUUGAUACCGUUAGCAUUGGUAGUCCAGAUGAUGUUUGGACACUGGAGUUUGACGACAGCUAUUCUUCCACCGAAUCAGGAGCCGGUAUCGUUUUGAUUUCUCCCAAGGGUAAUCUUUUCCUUUUCUCCUUCAAAUUGCAGUUUAAUAACACAAACAACACCACUGAGUAUGAGUCUCUCCUUCUAGGAAUGAAGGUUGCUCAACAAAAGGGAAUUAAGAACUUACAUGCUCAAGGGGAUGCUGAGUUAAUAGUCUGUCAGAUCAGAAACAUAUAUCAAACAAGGAGUGAAAAGUUGCGACAUUACCGCAAUCUUGUCUGGGAUCUAAUAGAAACAUUUGAUGCUUUUGAUAUAUCUGUAGUUUCUUGUGAGUUCAAUGAUAGGGCCGACUCAUUAGCAGUAUCAGCAACAUCUUUGAUUCCUCACAAAGAUUUUUUAGGAUCAACUUAUGUUGUUGAAUUGGUUUUCCGGCCAGGCGUUCCUGACAGUAUUGCGCAUACAAAGCAUUCUUAA